AUGCAUUUCUCCACAUCUGUUUGGUUGUCACUCCUCCUUCCAGCACUUGAAGCCACCGCUCAAGCUGUCCCCAAGCAGAAUUAUACAUGUACGAACUUCAUGGUGAAAGUGCCAGUGAACAACGUCACGGUGGUUGUCCCGCCUAUCCCCGAACUCCCGGAUCAAUAUGCUGCCACGGCAUUUGCAAACCAAAUCACGCUUCGGACGCCCUCUGCUCCGGAUGUGAAUCUAACCACACUGACAAAGACAUUCAACAUCAGUGCAGAGUACUGUACUCCGGCCAAGUCAGGCCCCAAAGCCUCAACUUUGCACAUUCUCACGCACGGGCUUGGUUUUAACAGAAGCUACUGGGAUUUCUAUCUUCCCGGAAAGCCCAAUGAUGCCCGGUAUUCCUACAUCAACAGCGCCAUCAGUGCCGGAUACAGCACACUUUCUUGGAAUCGUCUGGGCAUCGAGCCCUCCACCAUUGCAGACCCAUACACGGAGAUCCAAGGCCCUGUCGAGAUUGCAUUGCUCGUCGGCCUCACAACCCUCGCACGAGCAGGAAAUAUCUCGCAAGUCCCCGUACCGCAGAAAGUCAUCCACGUCGGCCACAGCUUUGGCAGCGAAUUGAGCGUGUCGCUCGCGUCGGUCGCCCCCGACAUCACUGACGGUGUGGUGCUGACAGGCUACUCUGCCAUCAGCAAUUAUAGCACCUUCUUCGUCGCUAACUCGGCACUACACUUUGCAAAUGUCAACCAACCUAAACGCUUCCCGCCAAGAACCUACUCCUCCGGCUUCCUUACAUGGCCAGACAAAUACGGCAAUCAGUAUUCCUUCUUUGCGUAUCCAUACUUUGAUCCGGCUGUACUCGAUCGCGCUGAGGCAACCAAAUAUCCAUUCACGUUUGGCGAAUUUCUCACAAUGUCCGCCUUGCCCCUCGACGCGCCAAACUUCGAGGGUCCUGUGCUAUAUCUCGCCUCUCAAGAGGAUCUGAUCUUCUGCGCUUCAAAUUGUACAGGGCUUUUCGGACCAGACAGUGCUGCGGUACAGUCGUUCAAUUCGAGCAGUAGCGUCGAGACCUAUCUUCAACCAAAUGCGGGCCAUGGGCUUAAUUUGCAUUUUAAUGCCACGGGAGCGUAUAAGGUAAUUCUCGACUGGGCUGAUAGACACGGAUUCUGA